UUAAAGAAAAAUUUUACGUGAUUUACUUUUCACCAGUCUGUUCUGGCAUGCUUCGAAUGAUAUCAGAAUCACCUGGAUCAACGAUAGCCAGUGUGCGUACUCUGUAGUAUUUCCCACAUGCUGUGCCCAAUUCAGUAUUAUUGCCACUGUAGUGAUGGACACCAGUUUUGGCCAACAUGGCAUAGUAUUCUAUCUCAGAUUUCCUCAAGCCUGGGCAGUUGUUGGCGAGGAUGACCAGUUUCGCUUUGCCAUAUCUGAUCAUUUUCAGAGUCUGCUUGUACCCCAGCACGUACUUUCCACUUUUCAUAACAAGCUGGAGCCUGGAGUUGAUGGACUCCAGCGACUUUUUUGUCUUCUUUGCGGCCACCAUCUUCCUGCCUUAGAUGCAGGAUGGCCCCAACCAAAACCAGCCGCCAAAAUGGCCAAGAGAGAGAAAGAAAGCACUGAAGCCAGGAAACUCCUCCCACAGUGGGAAUUAGAGGAAGAAGCCACUUGAAUCACAUCUCAAACAUUCAGCCCAAUGAAAGCAACCUUCAAGAGCUGACAAGUAACCACAGUUUUGAGAGUUCAUGCAAGCUCUAGUGGCUGAUGUCGAGAUGGGCAAGUUCAUGAAACCCAGGAAGGUGGUGCUGGUCCUGGCCGGACACUGCUCCGGACGCAAAGUGGUCAUUGUGAAGAAUAUUGAUGAAGAAUAUUGAUGAUGAUCAGACCAUCCCUACAACCAUGCUCUGGUGGCUGGAAUUGACUGCUGUCCCCACAAAGUGACAGCUGCCAUGGGCAAGAAGAAAAUCACCAAGAGGUUGAAGAUCAAGUCUUUUUUGAAAAUUUAUAACUAUAAUCACCACAUGCCCACAAGGUACUCUGUGGAUAUCCCCUUGGACAAAACUGUCAUCAACAAGGAUGUCUUCAGAGACCUUGCCCUUAAAUGCAAGGCCCGACGAGAGGCCAAGGUCAAGUUCGAGGAGAGGUACAAGACCGGCAAGAGCAAGUGGUUCUUCCAGAAGCUGCGGUUUUAGAUCUCUUUUGUUUCA